GAGAAUGGGGCUGAGGGUGAGCCAGAGCCAGAGCGGAAUGUCGCUUCAGCCUGUGGCCGUCAGGAGGCGCUGGCGGGUGGCGGCUGGAACUCCCCCCUCCCUCGGAAACUGAGGGAACGAGAGAGAAAAAAGUGAAGAAAGGCGGAAACAGGAAAACCCCGGCUCGGUGUGAGAACCGAGAGCGGCUUCACUGGAGCCGGAAGCAGCGGCGGGGCUGAGCCCGGGGAAGGGCGCUCGGGACGGGGCGGAUACUGUCCCGGUCCCGCAUGAGGAGGCGGCAGGAACGGGCCGGGAGGAGGAGGAGGAGGAGGAGGGGGGGAUACAGCCUCAAGUCCCGGGACACACGGAGCCAGGAGCCGGCGCUGAUUGAUGGAGACAUACCCUGAGCACAAAUUGAGUGCGGAAUGGUGAGUGGGCGACACAAGGCAAUAUGAGUGUUAAAGAUGCAGGAGCUGCAGAUAAUCGAGAGGGCAAGAUCUAUACCCUUCAGAUUUGCCCAAGCCUCUACACUGAGAACUCCAUCUGCUGCCUAUUACCAGCUACCAAAGAUGUGACGGCUGGGGAAGUCAUCCGAGAGGUGACUGGCAAACUGAACCUGGACACGUCAAAAUGUUACGUAUUGGCAGAGGUGAAGGAGUCUGGAGGAGAGGAGUGGAUUCUCGAUGCCAACGAUUUGCCAGUCCAGCGGGUGCUGCUGUGGCCUCGGAGGGCGCAGGAGAAGCACUCGCAGAGCGAGGGGUAUUACUUCCUCCUCCAGGAACGGAACACUGAUGGCUCCAUUCGUUACAUCAACCUGCAGCUGGUGGCGAAGGAGAGGGAGAGACGCAGGUUGUUGGAGCGAGGUUUCCUGCCCCCUCAGUCACACCUGUACGAUGACCUGUGCAAACUGCCCCAUCUGACUGAAGAAACUAUCUUAGAGACCUUCAAAACCAGGUUCCAGAAACACAAAAUCUACACUUACGCUGGCAGUAUUCUGAUUGCCAUCAACCCCUUUAGGUUCCUGCCCAUUUACAAUCCCAAAUACAUGAAGAUGUAUGAAAACCACCAGCUGGGGAAACUGGAGCCUCACAUCUUUGCGAUUGCGGAUGUGGCUUAUAACACCAUGCGGAGGAAGCAGGUGAAUCAGUGCAUUGUCAUCUCAGGUGAAAGUGGUUCUGGGAAAACCCAAAGCACCAAUUUCCUCAUCCAUUGCCUGACUGCACUCAGCCAGAAGGGUUAUGCCAGCAGAGUCGAGAGGACCAUCCUGGGAGCUGGGCCCGUUCUUGAGGCCUUUGGAAAUGCAAAAACUGCCCACAACAACAACUCGAGUCGAUUUGGCAAAUUUAUUCAGGUCAAUUACUUAGAAAAUGGACUUGUUAGAGGGGCUGUUGUAGAGAAAUAUCUUCUGGAGAAAUCACGCCUGGUGUCCCAGGAGGCUGAUGAGAGGAACUACCAUGUAUUUUAUUACUUGUUGCUGGGGGCGAGUGAGUCUGAGCGACAGGAUUUCCAGUUGAAGCAGCCGGCUGAUUAUUACUACCUCAAUCAGAAGCAGGAUUUUUGUCUGGACGAUGGUGAGGAUCUGAAGCACGAGUUUGAGCGCCUGAAACAGGCGAUGGAGAUGGUUGGCUUCCUGCACUCAACCAAGAAUCAGAUAUUUUUUGUGCUCUCUGCCAUCCUCUAUCUUGGGAACGUUGUCUACAAGAAGAAGUUUAUUGGCAGAGAAGAGAGUUUGGAGGUUGAGCCCCCGGAAGUCCUGGACACCCUGUCAGAGCUGCUGAAGGUAAGGCGGGACCUGUUAAUCGAGGCGUUAACAAAGCGGAAGACUGUGACAGUUGGGGAGAAGCUGAUUUUGCCUUACAGCCUCAAUGAGGCUGUAACAACUCGGGACUCGAUGGCCAAGUCCCUGUACGCGGCACUUUUUGAUUGGAUAGUUCUUCGGAUUAAUCACGCUCUCCUGAAUAAGAAGGACAUGGAGGAGUCAGUGAUGUGCUUGUCGAUUGGGGUUCUGGAUAUUUUUGGAUUCGAGGAUUUUCCAAACAACAGCUUUGAGCAGUUCUGUAUUAAUUAUGCUAAUGAGCAGCUACAGUAUUACUUCAAUCAACACAUCUUCAAACUGGAGCAGGAAGAGUAUCAGAGCGAGGGCAUCACCUGGCACAACAUCGAUUACAUUGACAACGUCGGCUGCAUCCACCUGAUCAGCAAAAAACCCACCGGACUCUUCCACCUCCUGGACGAGGAGAGCAAUUUCCCUCAUGCCACCAAUCAGACGCUUCUGGCCAAGUUCAAGCAGCAGCACGAGGGGAAUCGUUUUUUUGUUGGCACCCCGGUGAUGGAGCCGGCCUUCAUCAUUCAACACUUUGCCGGCAGAGUCAAGUAUCAGAUCAAGGAUUUCCGGGAGAAAAACACGGACUACAUGCGCCCAGACAUUGUGGCCCUCCUGCGCAGCAGUGACAGUGCGUUUAUCCGGGAAUUAAUCGGGAUGGAUCCUGUGUCCGUGUUCCGCUGGUCGACCCUUCGAGCUGCGAUCCGAGCUGUGGCUGCAUUUAAACAGGCCGGAACACAGUGGGCACAGAGAGCUGCUGCAGGAAUGUCCCGGCGUGUGUCUCGUGUUCCUCUCGGAGAAUUACAGCGAUCGAGCACUUCAUCGGAGAAACCGCUGCGUGAGUUGCAUACUCAGCUGAUGAGGAGUAUUCGAGGAUGGGCUGUGAUGCACAAUGACGAACCCCACAGCCUCCUCAAAUCAUUGCGGGGACUCGAGAAGCCCCACUGCCAUUUCCAGAAAAAUAAAGGCUUGAAACAAAAGCUGCAGAUUCCCAAGAAUUUCAUCGACACAAAUUCCUUAAAGCACAUUGUCCGAAUGACCCUCCAUGAUCGCACCACCAAGUCCCUCCUCCACCUUCACAAGAAGAAGAAACCACCCAGUAUCAGCGCACAAUUCCAGGCCUCUCUGAAUAAACUGAUGGAGACUCUGGGCAAGGCUGAGCCCUUCUUCAUUCGCUGUAUCCGUUCAAAUGCUCAGAAGAUGGAGCUUUGUUUUGAUGAUGAUCUGGUUCUGCAGCAGCUGAAGUACACAGGAAUGCUUGAAACAGUCCGUAUUCGUCGCUCUGGAUACAGCGCCAAGUACACCUUCCAGGAAUUCCUGGAUCACUUCCGAGUGCUGCUGCCGAGGAAUGUUGAACCAGUGCAGGAAGUGAUUGAUGCGUUGUUCAACAAGUUGGAGUUGGACAGGAACAACUGUCAGAUUGGCAAAACCAAGGUUUUCAUGAAGGAAACUGAGCGCCAGAAACUUCAGGAUAUAUUGCACAAGGAAGUGAUCCGGAAAAUCCUGCUCCUGCAGACGUGGUUCCGAGCAGUUCUGGACAGGAGAAGAUUCCUGAAGAGCAGACAAGCUGCAAUCACUAUCCAGGUCUGUUUUCGGUCCUACCUCGUUCGGUUGGCUUUGCGACGAGUCCGAGCAGCUGCUGUGAUCCAGGGCGUCUGGAAGCGAUAUGUGCAGAGACGCGAUUUGAGACAGAAGAUCCAAGCGAUGGCACUGGUCCAGGACAGAGCCGGGCGUGUGCCGCAGCGAGAGCAAGAAAGGCCGGAGUCUGCUGCCCGCGAGGAGCCGGACCUCAGCCAAUCACUGCCCACGACUGACCAGGGCCCGAGGGGUGUGGUGCCCGGCUGGAUCGGGGGGACUGACCCGGGCGAUGUUCCUGAACAGAAUGCCACCCCGUCUGCCCAGAAAGCCCCGGCUGAGGGCACAGAGAGGUCACACUCCUACCGGGAGAAACGGGAGAACCGAAGGAUGCGGGGUUUGGAACAUGACAAACUACAAAGAGAAUUGGCAUCACCAACGACUCUGGAUGGCCCUCCGUCACCCACAGACGGUGACUGGUCAGUUAAACCACUCGGGAAUGUGGAAAAGAUGGCACAGAAUGCCAGUGCUGUAACCAAGGUGCAGGCGGGUAACGGCAUACCUUUGGGACAGCAACAGCUGGAGGAAGCAAGCUCUCCAGACACCAGGACUGCAUCCGGAAUAACUCCGGAGCAGCGGGUGGAAGGAGACAGGAUCCUACCCACCCGUAACCCAGAGAGAAUGGAGAGCAACCACCAGGCAUCAGCUCACCCUCCAAGGCCAAAGAGUCUACCCUUGGUCACUGCCAACUCCCCGAUGCCAAAGGACAGUGUGACAGAAAGAUCUCGCUCCCCAGUCACUGUUACUGAGGCUAACAGUAAGCAAAUCGCUUGGGAAGUUCCGGAAAAUCCAAGCUCCUCACCAGGAACUCUGCAGCGUUACAACGAUCGCGGAAAGCUGAGGAACAAAGCCGAGAAGUGGAAAGAUAAACGACACCAUGAGGCCACAAGCUCCUCGUCCGAGAAGGAAGGAAAUUCCCAAUCCGUCACCAUCACAAAGGACAAGGAGCCCGUGUUACAUGAAGGUGGGGUGCAGCCGGACUCUACAUCGUCCCCAGAAACAGCAGCUGAGACUCCAUCGAGAGAGACUCCAACAAAUGAACUGCAAGAGGGUGACAGAACACCUACCAAAGCAGUGGUGCAGAAGAAAACAUCUCAGGAGCUGGAUCCCAUGCAGACUCUCGAAUCUCCCAAGUCUUUAUACCGUGGUCCACUGCGGAGGUUUCUCGGGAAGAGACAAGCUGAAAAAAAGUCUUCAAAGGAGCUAUCGCUGGAUGAGGUCUGUCCGAACCUGCUCCCCGACACAGUGAAGGGCUUUGGAGACAAAGUGGAGUUGGGUAAAUCGGCCACUUUCCCCAUGGCACAGUCCCCCCAGUACCUGUUCCCAGACACAGGCAAGGAGCACCCCAGCAAGGGGAAGAGAAGUCGCAGCAUCAAAAUCAGCAAUGCCACCAGCGCCUCUGAGCAGUGGGAGGCUCAGCUUGGCCACAAGAUUACUAACGCCAACGAACUGAAGAGUUUGGAUGAGUUCCUCCUGAACAAGGUGAAUGACCUCAGUUCCCAGGAUUCGCAGGAAUCGAAAAUUGAAACUUUAUUCAUCACUGUCACUGAGAAAUUCCGACUGACCCUGAAAAGCAUGUAUCCCGUCCACAACGGCCAGACCCAUGUGAGCUACAAGGACCUGAUGAGGAAUUAUCAGCUUCUUCUGACCAAGAUGGUGGGUGAGAGGCAGAAAGCUGAGAUGCAGUUUGUUCUCAACCUCUUCCAAUCUCUGCUCGAUGAAUUUGCUCGAGGUUAUUCCAAGAAAGAGGAGAUGGAGGCGUUGAAGCAGCCUACAAAAACUCGGAAGAAGAGGCGGAAACGUAAUCAGAUUAAGGAGGAGCAUUUUGGGCAUUUGUUCCGGAGUUACCAGGUGAACAUUCGACAGUCGUGUGAGCAGUGUUCCUCCUAUAUCUGGCCCAUGGAGAAGGUGUUGCUCUGCUGCACUUGCAAAAUGACCUGUCACAAGAAGUGUCUCCUGAAGAUUCAGGCCCACUGCCAGUCAGGCUGUGACCAAAAGAAUGACCCGGAGGCGAUGUGUCGGCAUUUUGGUGUUGAGGUCUGCAGGCUGACAGUGAACCAGGCGGUCCCCGUGGUCAUGGAAGUGCUGGUGGAAUACGUGGAAAUGAAUGGACUGUACACGGAGGGAAUUUACCGGAAAUCUGGUGCAGCAAACAAGAUGAAAGAGUUACGGCAGAAGCUGGAACAAGAUCCAAUGUCGGUGGGUUUGGAGAAAUAUCACAUUCAUGCUGUUACUGGGGUACUUAAACAGUGGCUUCGUGAACUUCCAAUCCCCCUGAUGACCUUUGCUCUGUACAGUGAUUUUCUACGUGCUAUCGAGCACCCUGGGAGACAGGAACAGAUCCAAGCCGUUUACAGUGUCCUCAAUCAACUGCCCAGUCACUUUUACUGCACACUCGAACGACUCAUCUUCCACCUGGUCAAAGUGGCUGUAUUAGAGGAGAUGAAUCGUAUGUCUCCCAAUGCACUGGCGAUUGUCUUUGCCCCAUGCAUUCUCCGUUCACCAGACAGCUCCGACCCACUAACCAGCAUGAAAGACGUCUCUAAGACAACAAUGUGUGUUGAGCUCCUGAUUACUGAGCAGAUGCGGAAAUACAAAAUCAAAAUGGAUGGGAUUGCUCAACUGGAGACGGAGGAGCAGAUCGCAGUCCGACGCCUCUCGCUCCUACGUCUUUGGCCUCUUGAAGUUGGGUUCUCUGCUCCGUUCGAUGGGGUGCUGAGCAAAGGACCCCUGAGUCCAAAACCCACUGAGGAGAAUCCCACAAAAUUGGGAAGCUUAGAUGAGGAAGAGCCUUCAGACACUGACAUGGAACAUGAAGAGGAGAUUCUGAUGGAGCGAAUCCAGUCGAUAAAGGAGGAGAGGGAUCAGUUGACACUUGAGCUCCCAGAGUUGGAACAGAGAGGUUCUGAUGAGGAAAACCUGGACUCGGAGGCUUCCCUCAGUAUGGAGAGUCUGCUCGAUGAUCGGCCGGGGCAAGGGGAGGCCGGAGAUACGGCUGUGUUCCAGUUCACAGGAAGACUCCGAGCUCCACCUCAGUCUGUGCCCAUGCUGCAGCCAGUUCCUGCCAAGCCUGAGCAUGGCCCUCCCCUGGGUAACCAUCCCUCCCUGCCAGUCCGUCCCUCUGUUGCCCAGAGGCGUGCGUUUUCCAUGCUUGCCAGCAUCAAGUUGCCUCGACGUAAUGCUGCACUGCCCACACGUAACAUCAAGCUGCCCCCGGGCAUGGUGAGCACCGUGUGCCAUGUCCCUGUGGACUCUGGGCAGCAGCAGCAGCUGGUCAGUGUGCGACGGCGCGAGCAGCCUUCCAGGCGAUUGGACAACAUUCACUCCGUCUACAUCGUCACACAAGAGGGCCUCUCGCUCCAGACGUUAGCUCAGACUGAUGACACAAACCCCAUUCCAGCAAAGGUCCAGCGCAGGUUUUCCGAUCCACUGUCAGACCUUGCUCAUGGGGAUAAUGCCUCCGGCCUGUAACAUCCCUGGUAUCUCCAGGAGGCGGACUGGACAUUUCCUGGAUUUCGAAGCACAUCUCCCACUUAACCUGCCACUCAGUGCUCUGACAGAGAGCCAAAAGUGAGUGAGCAACGAGACUGUAACUGGGAGUUUGAGCGAGAAUGAGUGAGUGCAUGGGCUGUGUGUGUGAGUGAGUAUCCGAGGGAGAGAAUGUCCGCUCAGGCUGAGAGUUAGCUUGACUCGGAAUGUUGUGUACGAUUAUUUUACGGUAAAGCCCUCAGCUGAAUGGGGAACUAUCCGACAUAUAUGACUCUGGGAAGAGGAAGAAUCCUACCUUGUGAGGUGUGAAGGAGUUCCUGUCCCCUUCCCUGUGUAACCAUUUCCCCAACGAUUAAAUACUUUUUUUUAUAUAUAAAUAAA